AUGACUCAAGAUCAUAGUCAUACAGUUACAUACUUUCGUUUUAAGAUCUAGUAUUUAAGUUUCUUUUACUUUUCAAAAGUAGCUUGACUGUAGUUGGAGCUGUGUUGUAAAAAUAACAAUAACAUUUUUACGUUAAAGUGGAAACUUUAAAGAGAGGUUUUGGAAGAUAUGACACAAAGCAUCCCUUUAGCUACCCUGUCUGGAAGUGUGCCGAAUACUGAUAACAGCAACCAAGGAAGUGAUGAAACGAAACGAGGUGUUAACAAAAAAUAUAUGGUGUAUAUUUUAGCACUUUUUACUUUACUGGUAAUAUCUUUUAUUGCGAAUAUUGUUGUACCUAUUGUAAUAGUUAGGCCACUUCUGGUUACUCAGUAUUUUUGUCCAGAUGAUUGGAUUCGUUUCCAAGAUAGUUGCUAUUAUUUCUCUAAGCAAGAAGAGAAUUGGAAUUCAAGUAGAUACAACUGUUCCACUCAACAUGCUGACCUAACUAUGAUUGACACUAUGGAAGAAAUGAAUUUUCUUACCCAAUACAAAUGCACGUCUGAUCAUUGGAUUGGGCUAACGAUGACAAAAAAUCAAACAAGACAAUGGGUAAAUGGAACCAUAUUUAACAAAUGGUUUGAUGUGAAAGGAAAUGGAAAAUGUGCUUACCUAGGUGAUGAUGGUGUAGCAACAGCUAGAUGCUACACAGAAAGAAAAUGGAUUUGCAGGAAGAAAAAAGGCACUUGAAGAGGCAAGGGAGGAUUCUCCACUAGAGCAAGCAGUCUGAAAGAUCAGCAGACACCUUGAUUUCAGACUUCCAAUUGCCAGAAAGGUGAAGGAGGAAUUGUAGUUUUAAACCAUCCAAUUUGUGAUACUUUGUUCUUACGGUGCUAGCAAACUAAUACAUUGUAUUAUAUUACCAAGAUCAGCUUAUUGUCAUUACUAUAUUCCAUCUAUCUUGGAUAUAAGCCUGAGCUAGAAUGUCCCUUUCUUGUUUCAAGGUUCUUCUUUAAGUCAAGGAAAAUAUAUCCUUCAGGCAUCUCAGUCAGUCCAGUCUGGUUUGACCUAAUCAUACCGCAAAAGUGCACAAGAGCAGAGCUCACCAAGUCACCCCCCAUCUGUAUUGCUAUAUCCAGUGGUCUGGCUUCAGGUAACAUCGCUCAUGUUCUCUCAAGCAGCAUUUAACAUUUAUUUUCUAUUUCCACUUUCUUUAAAUGUUGUCUUCCAAGAAUUCUGCGACACCAUAUCCCCCUGAGAUUCCUCCUGGCUCCCUGACUACUCCGCUUUCUCUGCUUUCAGGAUACAUGUUUUGUCCCUGCCUUUUAUGUUAGCCUUCCUAUUGUUUUAGGCCUUCCCUUCUCCCUUUGUACUCCUCCUUAGGGAAUCUCCUUUAUGUAUUUGAGAUCAAUGUCUACUCUAAGGAACCCAAACUUACAUACUCAACAAAGAAACUUCCUCUGAGUUCCAGAUUUAAUAUCUAACUGCCUACUCCACUUCCAUGUCUCAAUGAUAUCUUAACCUGAAUGUGUCUAAAAUUUAAUUUAUAAUUUACACCCAAAUAUGGCCCUCAUCACUGUAUUAAACGGAACCAUCAUCCAACUAGUUGCAUAAAAACACAAACUUUUUAUUAUGCUUAACAUUGCUUUCUUCCUCUUUUACCCUUUCAGUCAAUCAACAAGUCCUAUUAACCUUUAAAUUUCAAUUCACUUCUCUUUAUCUUCAAAACAUUCAUACUAGUCCAUCAUCUCUUGCCCAAUAGUGGAUACCUCAUAUUCCUUUCCCCAUACCAUAGCCAGGGUAAUGGCUUCAAAAUUCAAAAGUGACUAUGUUAUUCUGCUAAUUGGUUUCCAAUUGCUAUUUAAAUGAAAGUGGAAACACUUGUAUGGCAUGUAUGACACUUUGUAUUUUCCAUCCAUAUUUCACACCUAGCUUGUACUUUCUUGACAUCUAGUACUUGACAUUUUGACUCACUAAACUCAAAAGAUUUUUUUCACCUAUUGAUGCGUUAUCUGGGCCCUUUUGGAAGGUUUCUUCUUUUUUUUUACUUAAUUCUACUCAACAGACAUGUUUAUUUGUUACAUAUUUAAUGAAGUAUUAACAGAAUUCAGUGACAAUAUCAGAUCACCCUACUUUAUAUUCAAAUAAGUAUCAUGCAAAUUUUUUCAUAACACCAAUCAAAUUUCAUUCAACUAAUAUUUAUUAAGCAUCUAUUAUGUAUCAGGCAUUGCUUUAAAUAAUAAGGAUAAAACAGGAAUCCAAACAGGGCAAAAUCCUUGCCCACAUGGAGCUUAAAUUCUAGCUGAGGAGUCAGAAAAUUAAACAUCAUAUUUUGAAAGAUACAAAGAAAGACAAAUUAUUUGGAAAAGAAACCAAGUUUUAAUUUUAUAUUUGUUUGGUUAAUUAUUUUAUUGAUGUUUAUGAAUCAGGCUAGAACAUACAGGCCAGUUCAGACAUUGGCAAAAAUGGUUACUGAUAUUCUGCAGAGAUUAAUGCCACUAAAAAAUAAAAAAAUAUAAAAUAAAAACUAAAAAAAUAAAAACAACCACUACAGACAGCAAAGGAUUGUGGAGAUCAGGGACACAGAUGUCACCUUGCAGGUUUGGAACAAUUUGACCUUCAAAAUAGAAGAUUAUGGCAUAUUUAACAAAAUGUGAAAAUAGACAUCCACAAAAAUGAAUUGCAAUUUUAAUGAUAAAUGAGAUAUUUACAAAAUUUAGAAGUACCUCCUGUCAAAACAAAAAUUGCACGGAACAAUGUUACACAGGGAAGAAAUACUUUAUACAAGACUAUUGGAAUAAGGGAGACAGGUUAGAACUCAGUCUGAACUACAGUCUGCUGAAACGAAAGGCAGCAGGGUUUUCAAGACCUGGGAGGAGGGAAGAUGAUACACAAUCUGAUUUUGCUAUGUGGUUUAAACAAAGGAAAAUUAAACUUGUUCAGAUCUUCAUGAUAGGAGGUAGUUUUACAACUUGGAACUAGGCACCCACUAAAGUUAGUCUCCUACCCUCCCACAGAAAUUGAAAAAUAAGGGUGCUGUCUUUCUUUACGAUUACAUUUCAAAGGGAUGGCUCUUAGGUCCUUGAAAAAGAUGUUUCUGGGUUGUAAAGCUUUCAAGAGGCCUUAAGAAAAAUUUACCUAUCAAAGGAGCAUAGAAAGAAUUUCCAUGUACAAGUUUCUAAAGUAAAUGCUCCACGAAAAAGGGAAGCCAGGGGUGCAUAGUCAGUAAGAAUGAAACUUAUAGUCAAGCUGAGGAGCAUGUUAAGGCCAUCUCAAUCACUCCCACAAAUACUAAAAUACAAAGGGAAAAGAGUAACUUUACAGUUAAGUAUGGUAGAGAACACAUUAAUCAUGUGAACAAAGUGAAUAUCACCAAUAAUAGAACAAGGAAAAAUGUGUACUAUCUGAGAGGAUGCAGUGAGAAGACAGCUUCACUGUAUCCCUUCUCUGCCAUUCCUGCCAAGGAGACUUAACUUGAGUAUAACCAUGAGAAAUAAUCAGACAAAUUCAAACUGAAGAACAUUUUACCAAAUAACCAGCUUGUAGUAUUCAAAUGUCAAGGCCAUGAAUGUCAAGAGACUAAGGAACUCUUCUAAACGGAAGGAAACUAAAGAGACAUAUCUAAAUGCAGAAAAUGAAUGUGAGCUGGAUGUGUAAAGAGCAUUAUGUAUUUUGACACUAGCAAACCCUGAAGGGAGUCUGAGAAAUUGUUGGUAGUACUGUAACAAUGUUAACUUGUUGAUUUUUAUCAUUGUACUGUGAUG